GCUAACCGUGAGAGCUAAAGUUGACUUUCACUUUCUGAAGCUGGGAUUCUUUCAGCGGGAUGAACCGGGCUUCCAGGAAAACGAAACUGGACGCUGUCACCGCUGACGCUAACUCAUUUUAGUUCGUAGAUGUCGUUAUGUAACUCUUUUUGGUGGCGAUAUUGACAACUUUUAGCGCAAAGUUUCGCCCCGCUUGACGUCCAAAACACGCAGGUAUCUUUAGCGGCUAGCACCCUGCUAGCAUGGACGGCGGCGGAAGCAUGCAGAGUAUUGACGAGAGGGGUGUCGAGAAAUUAAUGGAUGACUACUUGAAAUCGAUCGGUUUGCAUCGGAAGAAGAUAGCCAAAGACGGGUCCUGUUUGUUUCGGGCUGUCGCCGAGCAGGUGCUGCAUUGCCAAAGCCUUCAUACUAAAGUCAGGGCGAAGUGUGUGGAGUUUCUGAAGCAGAACAGAGACACCUAUGAGGCGUUUAUUGAAGGUGACUUUGAGGAUUACCUGUGCAAGCUUCAGGAUCCACAGCAAUGGGUGGGAGAGGUGGAGAUCAACGCGCUGGCCGCCAUGUACAAGAGGGAUUUUCUGAUCUUCCAGGAGCCCGGCAAGCCAGCCGUCAACAUCACAGGCAACAACUUCAAGGACAAGGUGCAGCUGUGCUUCCUGAACGGGAAUCACUAUGACAGCGUUUAUCCCAUCAGCCGGAUCAAGAACACCGCACUCUGCCAGUCCGUCCUGUACGAGCUGCUGUACGAAGGCGUGUUUAAGGUGGACCGCAGCUAUUUGGGUUCCUGUCAGCGGAUCGGCCGACCCGCCGACCUCCUGAGCGACGACUGCAUGCCCGCCUGCCCCAGCAGCGACGACUCCGACCUGGAUGUAGACGAGGCGCUGUGGGUGGAAAAUGGAACCAGCCCUACCUCCACAAAGCACAACCAAAGCUACAGGGGCCGUGGGCGUGGGCUGCCUCAGAGGGUGAGGCGAUCUUUGAACCCGACAUUGCUCAGAAAUGUGGAGUACGAUGUCUGGCACAAGUCCAAGAGAGCCCAACAGAAGCUGGAUUACUGCAUCGCUGCUGGGAUGCAGUUCACUGUAGGAGACCGCUGCCAGGUUCGUCUCGAGGGAACCAAUCGGCUCUACAGCGCCGUCAUCAAGGAGGUGCCGGCCAAUAACCAGCCAGUGACCGUUUACAUAGAAGAUCUGGGCAGGAAGCAGGUGGUGCCUUUGUGGAGUGUCCGCCCUCCCAGUGAUGACAGCGGGUGGAGCAAGGUGGGCAACCGUGACAAGAGGCUCAGCAACGGGCACGGAGGAGAGUGGGAGGAGCGGGGGAGAGGCCGAGGAAGGGGAAGCAGCGGCGCGGGCUCAGGGGGCCGCACGCUGAAGCAGCACUCCUGGCCCCCGCAGGCCAAUGUAGAGGAGCAGGGCGGGGCCAAAACCAGCAGGAAGUCCGUGGGUGCGGCGGAGGUGGCGUUCGGCCUGACAGAGGAGCAGCGAUUGGCCAAAGAGGAGGAGGAGAGGAACGUGGCGUUGGUGGAGAUUCAGCUCAGAGACGAGCACAGCUUCCCCGCACUGGGCUCUCAGCCGGGGACGCAGGGAGAGGGAGGGAAGAGGAAAGGAGAGAAGAAGCGAUCUCAGAGGAACAAGACGAAGAGCCCCGUUGAAGAUGUAGAGCCGUCUCCUUCUGCCCUGGACAAACCCACCCCCACCCCACCUCUUACAGCAACCUCUACAACCACUACACCUGACACCAUGACCAGCCCGCCCUUCCUGCUGCUAACCUCUGACUCCACCCCCUCGGGCUGA